AUGUUUUCCAGUAUUAGAAGACAUCUAGCAGCCAUGCCUGAGGUAGACACAGACUCCCUGGAUGAGAAGCAGGUCCAACUGCUGGCCGAGAUGUGUAUUCUACUAGAUGAGAAUGACAAGAAGAUUGGAGGUGAUACCAAGAAGAACUGCCAUCUUAAUGUUAACAUUGACAAAGGUUUGCUGCACAGAGCUUUUAGUGUUUUCCUAUUCAAUACAGAAAAUAAACUACUGUUACAGCAGAGGUCAGAUGCCAAAAUCACCUUUCCAGGUUGCUUCACAAACACCUGCUGCAGCCAUCCCCUCAACACCCCCCUGGAAACAGAAGAACAAGAUGCUAUUGGGGUCCGGCGAGCAGCACAAAGGCGUCUACAGGCAGAACUUGGCAUACCAACUGAGCAGGUGACUCCAGAUGAACUGAGAUACCUAACGAGAAUUCACUAUAAAGCUCAGUCAGAUGGGAUCUGGGGAGAGCAUGAAAUAGAUUACAUCCUGUUUGUACAGAAGAAUGUCACUCUAGAUCCAGACGUCAAUGAGAUUCAAAGCCACUGCUACGUAUCCAAGGAGGAGCUGACGCAAUUGUUAGAAAAGGCUAAGCGAGGAGAAGUCAAGGUUACGCCGUGGUUCCAGCUGAUUGCAGACACUUUUCUCUACAAGUGGUGGGAUAACUUGGAAAAUCUGAAAUCAUUUGAGGAUCAUGAUAAAAUUCAUCGGAUGUGAAGGAGACAAUUCAUUCUUCAUUGCAUGUAGUGGUCUAUGGUGUGUGCGGCUGACACUGUGCAAGUGGUACCGUCUCUACAGAUCUAUAUAACAUCAGAUUGAUUUCU